AUGACAUCGUCCACAGAGAGGAAGAGCAACCCCGACCGGGCAUCCCAGAAAUCAUCGUCGUCGCCAGACGCCGAAGCUGCGCAGCCCUCGAAAGGAGACGAUGUCUAUCCCGCCGAUGCCUUCUCCCUGCCACGGCGGAUUCUAUUCAUCGCCACUGUGUGUAUGUCCAUGUACAUCAACCAGCUGUGCUUGUGCAACAUCCUAACCACGCUCCACAUCAUCGGAGAUUCUUUUGGCAUCAGUAACCCCGGUACACUGUCAUGGCUUAUCGCUGGCUACAGCUUGACGAUUGGCACAUUCAUCCUCAUCAGUGGGCGCCUGGGUGAUGAGUUUGGCAAUAAGAAAAUGUUUGUGCUAGGUAUGGGCUGGCUGUCUUUGUGGAGCUUGGUGGCAGGACUUUCGGUCUAUUCCAACCAUGUGCUCUUCGUCUUUGCUCGCGUCUUUCAGGGCAUGGGUCCUGCCUUGACGUUGCCCAAUGCUCUCGGCAUCUUUGGCAAGUCUUUUUCCGAGGGCCCGCGAAACAUGGCCUUUGCAUGGUUCGCCGCAGCCGCACCAUUUGGCGCCAUGACCGGUCUCGUUUUUGGCUCUCUCUUUGCUAUGGCUUGGUGGCCAUGGACCUUCUGGAGCCAGGCUAUUGGUGUGGCUUUCGUUACUGGCUUUGCUGCCUGGACAAUCCCAGACUUGCCUCGAGAAAAGGAGGAGAUACGGCCGCUCCGUCAGAAAUUGGACCGGCUGGAUCUUCCUGGGGGUGCAGCUGGCGUGAUGGCUCUGGUCUUGUUCAACUUCGCAUGGAACCAAGCCGUGGUUGUGACUUGGCGGGAGCCCUACGUCUAUGUGUGCCUGAUCCUCAGUUUCGUUUUCGGGACACUGUUCUUCUACAUUGAAAUUCACCAAGCCCGCUAUCCGAUUCUGCCCGUCGCUGCCUUUACUUCGGACAUCAGCUUCGUUUUCGCAUGCACGGCGGCAGGCUGGGCAACCUUUGGCAUAUGGCUCUUCUACGCCGUGCGAGUAGCCCUUGACAUAGGCGGCCAAACUCCUAUUCAAGUGGCAGCGUGGUUUACUCCCAUUCUUGUUACCGGAGUCGCUUCAGCCUUGGCUGUUGGCAAAAUCAUCGGCAAGGUUCCUGCCUCGUAUAUUAUGGCAGUCGGACAGCUUGCGUUUUUGGUCACAUCGAUUAUCAUGGCCUUCAGGCCUCCAGACUCGAUUUAUUGGACCUACUUCUUCUUCGGAACCAUCAUCGCCAAUAUCGGAAUGGAUACAUCAUUGCCUGCUGCCAUAAUGAUUUUCGCAUCCACAGUGCCCCGGCAAUAUCAGGGCAUGGGAGCCAGUAUAGUCAUGACCAUCGUCAACUACAGCAUAUCACUUGGUCUGGGUUUUGCUGGUACUAUCGAAACCAACAUCAAUCAUGGUGGACAUACCCAAGCAGACUUACUCUACGGUUAUCGGGGUGCUCUGUGGUUUUCCGUCGGCUUGACGGGGCUCGGAACUGUUCUCAGUCUCAUAUUCCUGCUCAAAAAUCACCGGAAAAUGAUGUCGAAUGGGGAAUAA